CUCUUCUCAAUUGAUCUUCCUCACCCUUGGUAACACUGCUAGCAUGCGGCCCAUCCUUCUAGUCCCUCUAUUCUCUCUCAAUUACACGCGACUAAUGGUCGCGGCCCAGUCUUGCCCCGGAACCCUACGCUGCUGUCGAAACGUCUAUGCUGCCGACAAUCUCUCCUCGCCGAUCCCCGGCCUUCUCGACACUUACGGGAACGGCGCGCCCGUUGGCGCAGGGGUGGGUACCUUGUGCGUUGAUUACCCCAGUAACGAGACCUGCGAGCAGAGUUUCGACCGCUGCCUUCAGUCUGCCUGUUGUGCAGCCAACCAGAGCCAAGCAUUGCAGGAGAGAGGCAUAUCACUCGACUGCGCUCUGGCCCAGUAGUUGAGUGGUGUUUGCGGUUCCCAUGGAAUUCUCGUCAUCAGUUGUAAGAGUUCGAUCUUUGUGCCGGUUCAAUUGGGAAGUGCGCCAUGCUGCAGGCAGAAAAUCCACAGUAUCUGUUCUAGUGUUGAGUGGAAUGUUGAGCUAUGCUUUUCAGACUUCUAGUGGAGACGCAAACGCAUGGACUUCAAUGACAACAUCUUCUACCCGAGCCGAGUUGAUAACACAGUCGACCGUUUGUAUCCCG